AUGGAGGCCUUUUACGAGUCCUUUUACGCAGCGCCCGGGUCGGGCUCCCGGCUCAAACGGCGCCAGGCCGCAACCGCCAUCCCCGUCGCCGACUUACCACAUGACAACCAGGCACCCCAGCUCAACUUUACCAUCUGGCUGCUGACCGGCUUGUCCUUGGGCUUUCUCAUCUUGCGCGUCUACUGCAAGUUCCUGCGCGGCCGUGGACUCUGGUGGGACGACUAUGUGCUCAUCACAUCGUGGAUCUCGCUGGCUCUUGCGUCGGCCUUCACGACUGCAGCCACAUCGUUUGGUUACGGCAAACACCUGUGGGACAUUGACGGGGACAGUUUCUACCCGCUCAAUGUCGUUGCCACGCUCGCCGGCUUCUUCAGCAUUCUGGCCGCCGUCUGGAGCAAGACAUCCUUUGCCAUGACGGUGCUGCGCAUCUCGACGGGCUGGAUGCGCUGGGCCAUUUGGUUCAUCAUCAUGUCCGUCAACGUGAUCCUCGGCGCCAGUGCCAUUUUCCAGUGGAUCCGCUGCAUGCCCGUGCAAAAGAUCUUUGACGCGUCCAUUGACGGCGCGUGCUGGCCGCAGGACGUCGUGUCGACCUACAACACCUUCUCGACAGCCUACUCGGGCGCCAUGGACAUCUGCCUGGCCGUGUUCCCCUGGAAAAUCAUCUGGGGCAUGUCCAUGAACCGCAAGGAGAAGCUGGGCGUGCUCUUUGCCAUGAGCAUGGGCGUCUUCGCCGGCGCGGCGUCGCUCAUCAAAUCGCCCAAAGUCAUGUCGCUCUCCAACUCGGAUCCCAGCAAUACCGUCCAGCUUGUCAUCUGGGGCGUGGCAGAAAGUGCCAUCACCAUCAUUGCCGCCUCGAUUCCCAUCCUCCGCGCCUUGCUGCGCGACGACAAAAUGUCCAACGCGCCGCACUCCGAGGCCGAGAUCGAACUCACCACGAGCAACUGGAACACAAGCAGCUUCAGCAGUAGCCGUCUCGGCAACAACCUAGAUGUCCACAACAUCAACGGCGCCGACAGCACCAUCACAAACAACAGAAACAACAACCGCAACCGCAACCGCAACAACAGCGUAUUCGGCAGAAUACGGGCAGCUGUCACACGAUCAAAAACUCGGCAUGACACAAACACGACCACCACAUCAACAUCGACAUCUGCAGGAGGGAUGCCCAGCUGGGUCACAGCACCUGUCACCAUUUCAUCCGCAAAUCGUGACCGGUCAGACGACGGCCGACCACUGUCUACAGAAAUUGCUACGGGUAGCAAGUCAUUAGUAUGA